AUGGAGGUGCAGGACAGGAGCCGCUCCCCAUCCCGUAAGACCAGCCGGGUGGAGCAGGUGGUGGGACGAUGGCUUAGACGUUCCAGAGACUUAGGCAGCAGAGAUCGGGCUGGUGUAGAAGGGAGGUCAGCAGAGUCAAGUGGCUCUGAUCAGAGGAAUUACCCCUUCCGCUUCAAUGUUCAGAUCCAGCGGGACCCGAAGCUCAACUCUCAUGGCCUCACUCUGUCCUCCCAGACCCCCAUCCUGGUGCAGGAGAUCACCCCAGGUGGUCCUGCAGAUGGUCGGCUCGUCCCUGGCGACCAGCUUGUAAAGAUCAAUAACGUCGCUGUUGAUGACCUGACCCCGGAGCAAGCUGCUGAAAUAAUCAGGGAGUGUCAAGAAUCGUUGACAAUGACGGUCCUCAGAACAAUGCUGGGGCCAAAGUCUUCUUUCAUCACACCAGAGAAGCGGGCCAAGCUCAGGUCCAACCCUGUGAAAGUUCACUUUGCAGAGGAGGUAGAAGUAAAUGGACACUCUCAGGGCAACUCGCUGCUCUUCCUGCCUAAUGUCCUGAAGGUGUAUCUGGAGAACGGGCAGACCAAGGCCUUUAAGUUUGAACCCAGCACCACAGUCAAGGACAUUGUGAUGACCCUGAAGGAAAAGCUUUCUCUGAGCCGUAUUGAACACUUCUCUCUGGUGCUGGAGCAGCAGCACAGCAUCACCAAACUACUGCUGCUACAUGAUGAGGAGAGGAUACAGCAGGUGGUCCAGAAGAAAGAGGCCCAUGACUACAGAUGUCUGUUCCGUGUCUGUUUCCUGCCCAAAUUCCUCCAGACGUUGCUGCAGGAGGAUCCAGCUGCCUUUGAAUAUCUCUAUUUGCAGGGAGUGAAUGAUGUGCUGCAGGAGCGCUUUGCAAUAGAGAUGAGGUGUAACACCGCCUUGAGACUUGCUGCUCUUCAUAUCCAGGAGAGACUAGCAAGCUGUGGACAGUCACCAAAGACCAAUCUGAAGAAUAUCACGAAGACAUGGGGCAUAGAGAACUUUGUGUCAUCCACCUUGUUGCGGAACAUGCGAGAGAAAGAUCUGAGGAAGGCAAUUGGCUACCACAUGAAGAAGAGCCAAUCACUGCACGAUCCUAAGCAGAAGGGCCUGUCUGCUAAUCAGGCUCGCAUCAACUACCUGGAGGAGCUGAGCGAUCUCAAGUCAUUUGGAGGGAAAUCCUUCAGUGCCACCAUGAUGCUCCAGGACAGGGAGUCAAUGGUGAGCUUGUUAGUUGGAGCACGCUAUGGUGUGAGUCAGAUAGUCAACCACAAACUGAGCAUCCUGUCGAAUCUGACAGAGUUUACCAGCAUCACACGCAUUGAGCUGCUGCCCGAGUCUGACAAGGUCAGCCUGGUCAAAAUCUACCUGCAGGACAUCAAGCCCAUCACGUUGCUGUUGGAGUCAGUGGCAGCCAAAGAUAUGUCCUGCCUAAUAGCUGGGUAUUGCAGAGUGUUUGUUGACCCCAAUCUUAACAUCUUUCCCUGGAUUGAUGACUCAAGGAAGCACAAAGUGUCUGCCGAGGAAGGUACAAAAAAAUACACAUACACAGAAAAACAGUCACUUUCUAGUUAUGUGUCCCGCUGUGGCAGCGACUCAGAUAACUCGUCAGACUUGGACAUGGAUCCACUGGUGACCCAGAUGUCUCAAGACGACAAGCCCUGCCAUCGUGUCAGAUCCGCAUCAGAUCCAGAUGGAAGGAAGAGGAAAGCCAGGGAAAGAAGGAAAAACAAAGAAAGCAAUGAAAACAGAGAUAAACCUUGGGGGAAUAAAAAGGAAAAGGAAGAAAAGGAUGCUGACACGGAAAAGGAAGGUCCACUUGAUACAAACAGAGUGGCUAAGAAGGAGGAUACAGAGCUCAAGGAGGAGACAAAGGGAGUGAUAGGGAGGGAUACUUUGCAAAUACAGAUAGAGAUAAUUAAUGAUGCAGGGGAAAAGCAGAAACAAAUGGGACAAGCAGGUCAGACGGGAGAUAGGGGAGAGAUGGGAGCAGCAGAUGAGCAGCCUCCUGUAUCAGAAGCGUCAGAUUCUUGUCACUCUGACUCUCGUGUACUCACCAGCCCGUCCAGCGACUCCCUCGACGCUUUGGAGGAAGAUGACUUACUGUCGUGUUCUUCUUCCACCAUUAAUCCCAGUGCUCAUGGUCAUACCCACCCUCCCUUUCAGUUACAUCACUUCUCUUACGGAAACGCUCAGUCCCACUUUCUUGGCCCUCCACCAGCCCACUCUCAUCCACUCAUCCACCUCACAGCUCCCCACAGAGGAGGAGGAGAAUACAGGAGGUCAGGCGAUGGAGCCGAUCCCCAGCUCCUCACACCUGCCUCCCCCUUACCGGGUCUUCACCAUGUCCAAAAAUGUGUAGACAACCCUUAUUCUAGUGACAGCUCCCUGUGUUUCGCUGAGCUCUCCCGCCUUGUAGACUUCUUGCCGAGCCCUCCAGAGGCCAGCGAGGACGAAGAUGAAGAGGAGGAGCUGAGGAGGAGGAGGAAAAAGAUGUCAAAAGAAAGGAUUGAAUCUGUGAGAAGAGCAGGUGAAGGUGGAAGUGUGAGCGGGGAGGGUUGUUAUAAAGAACGUCCACUUGCCCCUUCCCCGUCCUCCCCCGCCUCCAACAUGGAGUUUGUGUUUAGCUUUGACCAGAGCGAUGCCCGCUGCUACUACAAACUGUGCUCUAACAUCACCCCAGACAGCGCCCGCAGCCUCACCCUCCCCUUGAGUCAAAAUGAGGGAGACGAUGUGAAGGUGGUGGAGGGAGAUCCUGCUAAGGGGGCCGACUUGGAGUCCGCUCCAAUCCUUCAGCCUCCCCCUGGCUUUGGAGACAGCAGUUCCGAUGAGGAGUUCUUUGAUGCAAGAGAUCGCUUCACCUCCCCUGAAGACCCCACCUUAGGGGCCCUGCCUAGAGAUAUUUGCACAGAAAUGAAACUGGACUUCCUCAGUACACUCAGUCUCAGUGACAUUGGAGUGUCUGUGAUGACAGACAAAGAUGAAGAAGCAGAGGAAGAUAGGACAGGUGAAGAUGAAGAAGGAGGAGGCAAAGAAACAUUGCACCAGCUCAGGAAACGAUCACGUAAACGCCGUUCCUUCAUGGAAACUGAUUACACCUCUACAGUGUCAUACCCAGAGCAUGAUCCAGGAUCAAAGCAGGACCAGGUCUCCAGUGAGAUUGACAAAAACCUUUCGUCAGAGAACAAUGAAGCACAGAUUCUAAGUUCAGAUCCUGAACCUUCCAAGCAAACUCAGAACCCCAGUCCUACACUUUCCUCCUUGACUCACUCUGAAGGGGAACCAGCUCAGCUUGAAUUAAAACCCAUCUUGUCCAAACAACGCUUGCAGGGACCUAGCUCGCCUUGUGGUUUUGAUUCUAAAGACCAGACAAGAGAACCACAUGCCCCCUCCAGAUCCAGAAAUCAAGAAAUGGAGAUGGAACCUGAUGCAAUGGAAUCCAAAUCGGUCACAGAUCUGGUAAAGGCGGCGUCUCCUACGAUAAGCGUUGUCCGCUGCCGGGUGGAUCCAGACGGAAAGGAAAGUGCUGAUCGUAGGGGUGACGGCAAGGAGGAAGGAGAGGGGCUGGGUGAGACGGGUAAGAAGAAAGAGGAGGGAGAAAAGGAGGAGGCAACCAGUGUUUCAGAAAAUGGGCCUUUCACUCAUCAUAUGUUUUUACCAGAAAUCCACAAAGAGGAAAUCAAGAGGGAAGAAGAGAAAAAAGCCGUGCUCAGUGAGAGCUCAUCGAGCUCAAAGAGACCUCUCAUAGCUAGUAUAAAGCAGCCCGAGGCUAACAACCUCCCUAAAUGUUCCAUAGGUGUGAAUAAAAAGAGUAGUAAUGGCCUUUUGGGAGGCCCUCUGAUCAGCCCCGAGCAGAAUUCAUAUUUGGAAGAACAUUUAUUUGACAGCAUGCAUGAAAAGUCAAACCCUCUACCAUACUCUCCACCUCCACCUCCACCGUCACCCCCUCUACCUCCAAUACCACUUUGUCAAAAAUCCCCAAGUGACUGUUUGAUGAAGGAAGAAGGGGGCAGCGAAGUCAGGAGAACCUUAACCAAAACAUCUUUGUGUAGUUCUGCUGAGCUGCCACUUAGCAAACAAAACCACGUGAACAAAGCACAAUUGCAUUUAGAAGUCACCGCCAGUGUUAAUGAGGACGAGGCCAUUAGUGGUGUUAGUCCCACUAUGACUAUUAGCGAUGAAAUAACUGACAGCACCAAUUCAGACAAUGUUUUUGAUGAUGAUGAGGUGAGUAAUUCUUUAAAUUAUUUUUCAAGUGGCCAAAAAGAGGGCUGGGCCACAGACACAAAGCAUAACAGCGUUGCUAAUUCAAAGUCAACAACUAUUAAGUCUCAUCCUAAAACUGAAGCUCAUGCAAGAAUGAAUUCAGUUAAUCCUGAUUAUACUCAUACUAUCAACUCUAUCACUGCAAAACUCGGAGCUGCAACAAGUGUUACAUCUCCUACAUUUAAUUCAGAUACCAGAUUGAAAAGUGACGAGGGUCUUUCAUGCUCAAGUCAAAAUGUAGACAAACCAAGAAGUGAUGUUACGAUUCCCAGAACUGAAGUCAAAGGUAGCUUAGCUAGUCCUAGUUUAGUCCAAGCGUACGCAGGCACAAUCCAUGAUCUAUCCAAAGAGCCCCCCUCACCAACACACUUUCUCUUUCAGCCAUGCUCCCCUAGCAUAAUGGGUCGCUUAUCUGCCUCCACGCUAAGAGGAAAGAUUCAACAGCUGCCCCUUUAUUUAUCGCGCUCCCAGGAUACCCUCAACCAAGCAGGAGUGGGCAAUGUGCGUCAAAGUCCUGCUGAGGACAGAUGUAAGGACGAUGUCGAGAUAACCAUCAAAGUUACAGACGUUAAUGACGUCACACAAACCGUAGAUUCUGAACUAGGCCGAUCAAACUCAGUGGAUUCAGAUGGUUCGGACACAACUGUUACAGGGUCAGAGGUGGACAGGGACUUUCUUGCAGAAACAGCCACUGCAAAGGGUUUUCAUUCUGGAUCAGAGGUGAAGGAAGUAAGCUCUCCAUCGCCGGUCCAGACUGAGCCUAAAUCCCAAUACCGAAAUCAGCUACUGUACACGGGACCUAUCAAGAACACACCCGGACCUAUAACAGAGCCUCCAUCGUCCAUAGUGAACAACUUUCAGAGAGACUCUUCGGGCAUAAAGACGGACACUCCCGGACCAAUGAAAGAUGCUGUACCUUCUAUCCUUUCUCCGGUAGUUGUCACCACACAGAAUCUAAAUGGGCCUGGAAUCCCUUUUCAUAGUCAGUCACAGAAAGUGAGACGGACCAGUAGCGACAGGCCUUUGAUGGGUCUUUGUAGGCCCACUGGGCAGAAUCUGGACUCACCAAAAACACUUAAUUCAGGUUGCAGGGUGUUCACAAUCUGUGAGGAUUCACUGCAGACAAAAACCCCAGUCGAGCUGGGGAAUGCCCCGCUCUUAAAGUCUGAGUUUGGCUGCGGCUCAGUGCUAGUGUCUGGAUGUGAGACAGUUAUGGAAGAGGUGCAGAUGCCUCUGGAUGCCUGUGGUUGCCCUGCAGUUUAUACGAACUGCUUCAGUAGUGGGGACGGCUUUGAUGAGGAGCUGACCGUCUACGAGUUCUCCUGUCGUACUCAGAGCAGCGGUGUCACACAGACUUCUGGAGCAGGGCUUCCUCUCAUGACUUCAUCACCUAUCCACUCCUUUCUCUCGCCUACGUCUUCCAACAUCUCUCCCUCUUUCCCGCGCUCCAUCCUUUUCUCUUCUUCAACCUCAGAGCUCAGCCCCCUCCUCUCACCGCUGUCUGACAGCUCGGACUGUUUCCCAUCUCAAACACAAAAGGACACCAUUAGUCAGCUGGGUCAGCAGCGUUACCCAGAACCCCCAACUGGUUUCCAAGUACUUCGUAUAGACGUGGAUCAGCUCCUUACAAUCCUGGAAAGUACUGGUGUCGACCGGUCAGUGGCAGGAUAUGGGGGUCGCCAUCCAAGGGACACCUGCCCCGCCCAUUUUACAGAGAACAAGCGCGUGCUCCAGGUAGAGGCUCGGAGACUGAUGUCAGGCUGCCAGGAGGUGGUCGGCAUUGGACAGAGCCCAGAGGAAAUGCUUUGCUCCCUUGCUAACAGUUUCAGGACCCUGGUUGAGUUGGCAGGUAUAUGCCUCUGGUUCUCAGGCUGCGACAGGUGUGACCGGAGGAACGCAGAGGCAGUUGCAGGUCUGGUAGAUGUCGCCCGCUCAUUUAGAGACUUCUGUCUCGCAGCAGAGCGCGCCAGCAGCAAACGCAGCUGCCAAGACCUGAGCACCAAGCUGCUAGCCAAACAGUGCACCGCGCUCACCGCCUCCGUCUUCUGCCUCACUCAGCUGUUCCGCACCCUCACUGCUCUAUGAGAGAACCAAACCCUCUGGACGCUUGACAAUGACACUAAGUCAACAUGUGGUCUCUGACCUCACGACAAGGGAUCGUCAAUGAGACCCACGUUGCUGUACAUGUGGGCAGAGUGUGUCAUACAUGUUCAGAAUGAGCAGGUGAGCACAAGGUGAGGUUUCCCCAGAAACACACUGGUGGGGCACCGAGCUCGAUGAGAGCUCAAAUGAUCACAAAACUCUCAACAUCAUACAAUAGAGCCAGUUUGAGAUUGUUGAGGUGCAUGUGGUUGUUGACUAUAUGCUGUGCACGUACUGCAGCCAACAAACGAAACAGUCAGCCAACACCCGGACUUCAUAGUGGUGCAAACUGCAAAAGCAGAACCUGCUUGCAGAGCCUGCUUGCGUUACAGUAUUGAGGAACUGCUGUACUUGAAUGUAUUCUAUGUUAUUUAUUAUGUUUAUUUAAUUUGAUUAUUGGGUCCAUACAGUGAGCAAGCAAGGAAUGUUAAGACAAAGAAGGAAGAAAUUUGGAAAUGUUUACAGGCAAAGCUUUAGGUAGAGAAGUGGUGUGUGAGAGCUGUGGAGCGUUGACACACUUACACAAGCACACAACCUCAAAUACACAGUGUGAAUCAGUAAAGAUAAGAAACUCUGCAUGUCUUUACAUUGUCCAGGAUGUCAGAGGGGAGUUCCUUGAAUGUUACUGUUUACAAAACCAAAAACUUGAGUGAGGAAUGAUUUAACCGAACCACACAAAUCAAAACUGAAGGUGUGUUUGCUGUUUUAUAAAUCCAGUAGCAGAAUGCUGAUAUAAGCGCAUUAUCUGAGUUUAUGAAACAGUUCAGAUGAGGUACAGAUCUUUGCACAUUCAACUUUUUGUCAUUUUGCACAUGCAUUCGGUCAAACUAAUUGAGACAUACAUUUGUUCGAUUUUCUAAUUUGUUAAACACUCUCUUUCUCCACCUCCAGUUGAAACACAGAAUCCUCCAGUGCAUGGUGAGAUGGGUGUCAACACUAAGUGCAUUAUUUCUUCCAGUUAUGACUACAAGUAGUGAAAAACUAAUGAAUGAACACAGGCACAGAUAGCCUUAGCAGUGACGGUUUACAAUAUGUAGCACUGUUGGUUAUCUGUGUGUGCAUUAUCAGCUUUUGACUGGCACGAUAAGUGGGAAGGGUCUCAGGAAACAUCACUGAACUGACCCAGUCAUCCGUUGACAGCCUAUCAUUGCAGUUCCUUAAAGUCAACACAUUGGUCACCAAACAACAACACAGAUUCCGUAAAGUUAAUUGUGAAUGAGCUGUGCGAUACAGCAUUUUCACUUGUCAUGUUUGUUGAAGUAAAAUGAUUUGAUGCUCACUGGAACUGCAUGUUCACUGGAGAGUUUAAAGCUUCCACCACUGCUUUACUGGGAACACAAUUUAUGCAAACAGUAUUUCUACAUAUAUAUAUAUAUUUAUAAUGGCAUUGAAACACUUCAUCAUUUAACUGUCCUGUUUUGUUCUCUGUGGUUAUUACAGAAUAUAAUUUCUGGAUUAUUUGUCCCAUUUUUUUUUUGCUGAGAACUGAUGUACUUUGGAGCUCAAUGAGAAAACUGUCCCCAAGUGAAGGAUGCAAAACAUUUUUUUUUUUAAAAUCAUCUGUGCUCACAAAGCAUGCUAAUAAGCCAUAAAAUGCAUUGUCGUUUCAUCAGGGAUUUUAUCUGUGAAUGACUGAAUGAUGACGUCUGCUCUUGCUUUGUAAUGCUCAACUCCCACCAUUAAAACUACGUCAAGAAA